AUUCUCAAGGUUACCUAUCAAACGUUCGUUGCUUCCGGGAAUCUGAAGGAUGGUGACUUGAAAAUCAUCUUUAGCUGAAUAAUGUCGUAGUCUUGUUCUAAAUUGUUUUGGAAUACUGUAUAAUUUUUGUACUAUGGAUCGAUUUGUUCGCAAAAUAAAUACCAGCCCUAAGUCUAAACGGAAAACACUCGUACAAUCUGAAGACAACUUUGGCGUCCCAUUAAAAGUCCUGCUUGAUAGAGAUUCUACAAAACCAGUGCCUCGAAUAGUAAAAAAUAUUUGUGAUUAUUUGCUUCACUAUGGGCUCAAUUCACAAGGAAUUUUUCGUAUCAAUGGAAGUGCUAAGUUAAUUGACGGGUUCAAAACUACAUUUCAGAUAUCGGCAGCCGACGAUCUAUAUUCUUUGAGAAAUGUUGAUAUUUAUGCUUUAGCGGGUGUUUUAAAGCUAUUUCUCCGCGAACUACCUGAUGGACUUGUUCCAGAAAAACUUGGACUUAAAUGUAUAAAGGUGAUAUAUUUUACUUAACAUACCUCACAAACCUAGUACUUUUGAUUUGUAUCAUAGUAAAUUGGCUUUGUUUAAUAUUGCCGGUGAAGCUAUCUCACUUAUAUGUUUAGUCCGACAAACUGUUUGCCAUCUAAGUUAACUAUGAGGAUAUCGAUAUAUCUUAUAACGUUUCAGUUUUUUUUCAGUCAUUUAGUAAUUUAUGUUUUGACGGCCUUUCUUGGUAUCACAUCAUGAAUAUUCUGGCCACAUUAUUUUGGAGAGCAGUAAUGGAGUCUUGUAUUGUUGCACUUGUUGGCCUAUGGAAGUACCACACUGUACAACUUAAAUAUUUUUUAAAAUCUCUUUUCACUUUGUAGCUGUGCCUUACAAUAGAGUAUUUUACUAACUGGCUGUCAUGAGUGCACCCUAUAGCUUUAUAUACAGUUUAGAAGGCGGUAUAGAAUGAAACUUCAUUGGUUUUAAGUCUUUCAUGUCAUGUAUGAAAUAUUUGACUAUAUACUGUGUUUAUUCAAAGGAUUACGGUCAUCAGUAUGAAUAAAGACAUCUUCAUGUCUCUCAGGUAGGCUUGUUCGUGGUCUACGAUAUUGAAUGUGUUAAUACAAUUUAUCAUCAAUAUCGAUAUAACGUAUAGAACCAUUUAGAAAUUAUUCAUAUAUAUUCAAACCUUACCAAUAACUAAGACAAAUUUCGAAAAAUGCAAAAGUCAUUGAGGGAUUAUCACUUAUGUCCAUUGAAAAUUUUACAAUUAAAAACCAUCAUAACAAAAUGGCUUAUCUCUGGCACUACUCAUAGUUCUUUAAUUGAUGGUGGAUUAUAAAAAACAGAUUUCGUUGAGUGAAGUACCAUUACCUUAGAUCUACCUUACCACCACAUUUUAACUCCGAUUUGUAAUAUUAACUUGUUACGUUGAUUUCUGGCAUUAUUCCACGUGGUGGAUUAAGAAUUCACAGUAUUUUUCGAUCCAAUUUCAGUCAUCUUUACAGUCAUGUCCCUAAAUAUUGGACGAAUUUAGGUUACUUUUAGUAAAACAAAAGAUUAGUCUUUCCAUUAGAAAUAUAACCCUACUAAAUUAUAAGAAAUAGUCCAAAUCCAUUGUUUUUUUAUCAACCUUUAUCGUUUCCAGGUUGCGAAAGAAUAUUCAAGUGACUUGAAUGCGUACAUACUUAAACUACAAACUGCAUUAUUUACACUGCCGCAUGAAAACUAUGAACUCUUAAAAUAUUUGUGUAAGUUUUUGAACAAGAUUGCGGAAAACGAACCCGUCAAUAAAAUGUCGCGCAACAGUUUAGGAAUUAUUUUUGGUCCUUGUGUGUUUCGUUGCAGUUUGGACUUACAGGUUCUAAAGAAUCAGGGCUUGACAAAUUACAUAAUGACUUCGCUAAUCCAAUACCAUGAUGCUAUAUUUGUUCAUCACCCUAAAACGGACUUUUUCGUAUUGGACCAUCUGUUCAAACUACCGGAAAUUGUCUCUAACUCAGCUUUACCGACCCUUGAAGAUCGUGUUCAGCCAUCAAGUGAAAUAUCAACGAGUUCCAGUCAAAAUAAUAGUCCAAGAAUUAUUAACAGCCUACAGGAAGACACAUUCUCAAAUUUUGUGGAAGCUCUGCCCCUGGCUCCUAUAAAUACACCUAAACCUGAACCAGAUAACCAUGUGUGGAUGUCACAUCACUGUUCUUCUAGUGAGCCGAAGAUUCCUCGAGCAAAUCCUUGUCACAGUAUACCAGAUUCAAUGUGUGGUUUUACAGUUGACAAUAAUCUCUCUAGUGACAGUUCUCCAUUUCACAGCAUUGUAUCAUCUCACCAAUACAAAGAAUUCCUUAUAAGUCCAUCAACUUCACCUACACCCAGCCCAAUCACUUUCGAAGUUUCUAGUACCCCAACCUUUGUGAGUAGAAGCAAUUCAAUUUCCUAUAAUGAAAAAGAAAAUGCUGAAGAAGUUCCAGACUCAGGUGCAGAAGUGCCUUACACAAAGACAUCGGAACAACUGGCCUUGGAUAUCACAAAUAUUAUUUCGUCCAUGGCUACAUCCCGUUCUUUAGAGGCAUUGAGCUUCGAAACACAACUUGAUGAUUGUUUUACUAAUUCAACUCAGAUAUCAAAUUGUAAUAAGAAGCCCAACCUUGUUGAAGAGAACCCAAGAGAAAAGUUACGUAUUUCUGGCAUGUUAUCAAGAUCGUCAAACAAAAUUUCAACAGGUGAUAGUUUGUUCAACAAAGUGAUUCGUUUUACUCACGUCACUGAUGAUCCCAAUAAAAUUAAAAGAACUUUCAGCCAUCGUAAACAUACAAUCAAAGAAUCAAGUGUCCAUCCAAUCAGUACUUGGAAUUCCAUGCCUUCUGUGAAAAAUAAAACGAUAAAAACUCCGCCUAAGUUUAUGGAUUCUUGUGUGGCAGUUUAUAGUCAAGAUCUUUGUAGUCAGUCCCCACAACAUAAUGACGUUAUAUCAAAUACUUUGAAAUAUAAUGGAUAUCGGUUUCCGAAUACUGACAAUACUUACCGACCUAUAAAUUUGCAAAAGGAUGAUUUUAAUGAAGCUAGAGUACAAGGUACAGCAAAUUCAACACGUUCGUCUACUUUUAUGCCAGUUAGCACAAAUCAUUUUUACAUGGAAAUGCCGGCUGCUAACAAUGAGUUUGCCAAUUCGGUUGGUAGUACUCAAUCAUUUCCAAUUGUAGAGAAUAUUUUGACUCAGGCGAUAAACCAAUGUUCUGAUAUUCAUGUUUUUUCCCCCUCUGUGAAGCAGGAAUUAGAUUGUCCCAGCCACUCCAGCAGCUUUCCUUAUUCAAUAAAUGAAAUGGAUCUUACAGCUUCUGCGAAAAAAAACCCGGUCUCAAGUUUUGUUAAGCCGAUAUCAACUUUAUUGUAUCAAUCAGAAAUACCAGUUUGUGUAUUUGAUCGUUCUCAUCCUAACCAUAAUCGUGUAGAUGGUUCUAAUAGUGAAAUUGGAAAUGAGCAAAAUAAGUCUAUCGAAUUAGCAACUCUUCAAUAUGAUACUACCCAUCAAGCAAAGGAAUACAAUCAUAGUACACCAACUAGUCCGAUAUUAUCUAGUCAUACCGCUUCAAUUACUCUGAGAUCAAAGUCAAAUUCUGUUGGUGCAGUAACCGUUAAACCAAUUCAUUCCUUUAUUCAUAAACCUAAAGAUCGUGGAUCAUACCCUCCUAAUUUAUUGCCCCUUUCUUCGAAAGCAAACAAUGAACACUUAAACGAAUCUGCUCCAAACUUCGGGAGGCUUUCUUCUCCUGAAAGGAAUCAAAUGAUUACAAAGCAGAGGAUAAAACAACAGUGUUCAAUUUUUGAUCAAUCCCCAAUAUCAAAUAAAAAUGGGGAAAAUACCAGAUCUCAUGGAGCUCAGUUAAAUAAAUCAGAUCAUUUUUUAAGAUCAGCAAAAUAUUCUAGUUACAUCUCUGAUAGUACACAAAAUUUCAAAAAGACCUUGGAUACAAUAGGAUUAAAAAGUUUGUUAAAUUUAUCAAAUAGAAUUUACAGCGAACCGGAUUUAUUGUAUUUCAAAAACCAGUUGUCACGAAGGACAAACCUGAAAUACAGAUCGUUACAGCAUUUAACCACGGAUGAAUUAUCAAGCAUAAAAACAUCACCCACAUUCAAAUUGAUUAAUAAAGAAAAUUUAACUACUAUUCCAGUUAAAAUAUCGAAUAAUUUAUUAUUUUCUAAUAAAGAAGAACCAAAUAUUAGCUUAAUUUCACCUUCAGUUAUUUCAGUUAUUAGGCGAGUAAAUUCAUUUUCAUCAAACAGUCAUACAUCUUCAGGAAAAUGUCAUUUUUUCUUAAGAAAAUAUUCAUCACCUUUGUUGAAAGAUUUAGGAGAUUUUUAUGAAAAUUCUGAAAAUCAUAAUGUUGGCGAUAAAGAUGAUAAUGCUGGUGAUGUAUCAUUAGAGCAAUCAAAUUCAUCAUUGAUAUCUAUUGAGUCAUUCUAUGAACUUUUAUGCGCUGCAUUAUCUAAACAACGUGAAUAUUGUAAUCGUCCUGAACGACUGAGUGAAAUGAACUGGGACCAAAUUGAACGAGAGAAAUAUGAUAUUCAAAAAAGUCUCUUAUAUUUUGAAGGUCUUUAUGGACGACCGAAAUCUCCUAGAUCGAAACGAAUUAUGAAACCCAUAUAUGAGCGUUAUCGUCAGGUUAAACGUCUUAUUUCUUCUCGAUAUGGUGUCUGUAGUGAAUUCCCAUUUGGAAUGAAUUUGUCUCGUUUAAAAGUGCCCAAUAACGAUUCCAUAGUUGAUGUUAACGAACAAUCUACAGAUAAACAACCAAAUGUAACGGUUUCAAAUAAUUUAGUGGAAUUUCUAAACACUCCAACAAUCACAUCUCCGACCUUUUUACAAGAUAAUAUUCAUAAUAUAGGUUAUGAUUCUGACUCAAGUACAUUUGAAAGUGUGUAUAAGAAUAAAGAAUCUAGCUUCCCAGUUAAAGUUAAGCAAAGAAAUUAUAAUUUACAAUCAACAGAAAAUCAUAAUCUUGUAAUAAUUGAAAACAAUCAAAAUCCAAGUUUUCCAUUUAAUUCCAACCAUAGAAAGUCACUUAUGAGACCGGAUGACCACAACAUUCAAUUGUAUCGUAAACAACUAUGCUCCUUAUCUCCUAUGGAAUUGUAUAAUGAAAAGAAAAAUGUCCUAUUAAAGAAGCAUAUUGUUCAAACUGAAUUAGUCGAAUAUGAGAAUAGUAUCAAACGUGUAUUAGGUCGUAAACCUACAAAAACUGAACGUAAACCAAUGCGGGAUAAAUAUGAAUUAUAUGAUUUAAUUAAACGUCAAUUGAAAGUUGUUGACUCUUGUCUAAUAAAUCUAUCCUCAUCUGAUUUGAUUAAUAUAAGAGAUGAUAUAAAUACAAACUAACCGAAACAAAAUAUCAUUGCAAAUGAUGAGAAAGUUUCUUUAUUUUUCACAGUGUACGUGUACACGGUUUAAUUCAUUCUAUUUUCUUGAGUAAAUUGCUAUAAUGAAAUAGUACAAUUGCAUUUUGUUCUUAAAACUAAUUUCUAUCUAAAUUAGUUAAUUUCAGGGGGAGGAAAAGAAAUCUAUAUGUUAUUUACGCUUACUUAUAAAUUUUAUUAUAUUUCAAUAAAACAGUCUCAUCUUGUGAUAAAUAAGCAUUAUGUUGAUCACUUUUACAAAUUUUGCUUUAUUUCGACAUAGAUUUAUCAUAUAUUUGUUUGUAUCGCUUGAGAACAUCUACUCAUACACACUCAUGCCUCUAGUACUCUAUGUUUUCAUUGUUAUUGUCUUUCAUUUGUAUAAUAUACAUGUUAUUAAUAUUCUAAUCACCUUUAUUAUCACAUCGCUUUCGCUAAAUAGCUCUUGCAGAGAGAGUAUGUGUGUAGUUUUCCACAUCAUAACGUUACUUUUUCGUUCCUAUGUGAUUUGUCUCAAUGCUACUUGUUUACAUAUCCCUCUCUCCCUUUAUUAAUACUAAAUAUGUAUUCUAGUAAAAGCCAUAGUGUACAUCUUGCUUGCUUAUUUCUCUAUCUGUCUGAUAGGUCCAUUCUAUCUAUUAUUGACUGUGUAUAGUAAUUACCUAUUCAUUGGUUUGCAACAUAUUGAAUUUCUUCUCUAUGUUUUCUGUUUAGCUGUAUAUCAUUCUUAUGAUUUUUUUUUGGGGGGGGGGAGGAAUAAUUACUUGCCUUUAUUAGGAAGACUAUGGGGUUUCUGUUUUUUCUCCAUUUCAAAUUUUUCUGUGAAUUGGUCAACAGCUGUUGAUUCUCUUUAAAUUCUGAUGCAUUUUUGUUUCAAGGUUAUUAUUUGAAACAUACCAAAUGUCAUUUUUACAUGUGUAUACGUGUGUGUCGAAGUUUUAUUCCUUCCGUUAUAUUUUUAGAUUCCUGUAUAUCUGACAGUAAACAUGUAUCCCAUUUCAUUGUAUUAAAUAGUACAUUUAUAAAGUUGAUAGACAAAUUUCUAUCUUGCUCGUUGCUACUUGACUUCCUCUUUUUUCUUGUUUCAAUAUGAUAAAUAAGCUUCUUUUUUUCUCUCUUCUGCAAAAUAACAAACAUUUUACAGUUUGUUUUCUUAAAUAAAUCUACUACAAGAAUUCCAUAUAUUGUAAACACGUUCGUUUUAUCUGUGUGUGUUUAUGUGUUUAGCAAAUAAAAUAUCGUCUUAUGAUUUUUUUCAAACUUAAUGUGUACCAGAGAAAAAAGACGAGUGAAUGAUCCCGUGUCAUCGGUUUUUCUUAUUGUCUAUGUAAACAAGAGUAUUUUUGCAUAAAAAGUAAUUUUAUUUAUUUGUUAUUGUUGCUAUUUAAAUUAUUCUACAUUCAUCUUCUUUGAUACAUUGCAUCCUUGUUAGUAAAAAAAUGUCAAAUUGUAAACAGCAUUCUUCUGUACAUAUUUGUAAUUCAUUCUACACAUUUAUCCGGAUCAUGUUUUUCAAGUAAUAUCCCUACCAUUUGUAGUAAUUCCUUUUUUGCCGCCUCUUCAGCAUUUUUAAAGAUUACUUGUGGUUUACAGAUAUAUAUAUAUAUAUAUAUAUAUAUAUAUAUAUAUAUAUAUAUAUAUAUAUAUUGGUCGACAAUUUUAAGUUAUUUUCGUUCUCGCCUAUUUUCAAAGCGAAUAUUUUGUUUUCAUUUUUUAUAAGGUCUAUGUAUCUACAUUUCAUUUGUCAUAGAAUGUAAUCUAUCGUCUUAAUUGUUUUGUUUACGAUCGUGGGAUUAAUCAUUCCUGUAACGAAUGCUAUCAAGUUUUGUCUACAGUUUGGAUUGUUAAAUGUGUUUGUUUCACCGUCAGUAUAGUUAGAUUAAGUAAAGUCAUGUAUGGCUAUUAAGAUAAUAAGACCUUGUUGACACUACUCAUGUCCUUAUGACAUUUUGUGAUCGCUACAAAACUAGUCAAUAACUGGUGUUUAAGAUAGACGAAGAGUGGUAAAUAAGGUCUGUAAAUAAUAAUGAAAUAGUUUACAAAGUUAUCUAACUCAAUAUCAGUCGUAAUGGUUGAUGCUCCUUCGUUAUUUCUAUAUGUGUGUUAGCGGACACAGACUGGAUUAAAGCAUGUUCAAUGCACGAUUGCUUUAGUGCACGCUGAUUGCCUAAUUCUUACCCAAUCAGUGUUAGUCAAUGCUUAGUGAACACUAGAAAUCUCAUAUAAAAAACUAUAAAUAUACUAGCGUUUUCCCUAUUGUACUACUUACUUGCUUCUUACUUCCAUCUAGCCUUGUUAUUUGGAAUAUAAUCUCUUUCCUG